UGAACUACGGUGUAUGCUGUGAACUCAACUAUAUGUAUCUAUGCUUACACUCAAUUAAGCCUUUAAUAUUAUUGUUAUGUUACUGAGUAUUUUCUUGAACUGUUGUGCAAACAUUGAAAUGUAUGAUAUUUAAUCGAUACCACAAUUAUGAAAAAUUGAUAUAAUUGGAAAAUAUUUUUACAUUUACAAUUACAACAAAAGAUAUACAUUUUUGUAAUAAUAAUCUGCAUUGUAAUAACAUAUUUUGUUGCUACAAAGAAUUUGUAUGCCCAUUACAUUAUGGCAAGUGCAAAGAAAAGCAGUAGUUGGUUGAUGUCGUCAUUUGAAUGCGAACCUAUCAAAAGAACACCAGGGAUUAAACGUAACAUUUCACAAGUACUAGAAAGUAGCGCUUUAGAAGUAUCAAGAAGUUAUGAUAUAAUACCGAAAAAAAAGAAUGCUAAUAGCCUGUUUGCAUUGCUGGAAGCUUGUGACGCACAAAGCCCUUCUGAAUUAGUAAUUAGUAGACAAAAACAGCAAGAGAUUUUAAAUUGGUUACAAUAUAAAGUAAAGAAAGGCACACCUGCCAUAUUAAUUUUAUCUGGUCCAUCUGGUUGUGGGAAAACAACAGCUCUAAGGGUUCUUGCAAAAGAAAAUGGUUUCAAUAUUACAGAAUGGAUUACUCCUAUUGAUCAAAUUAUGGAUGAAAAUAACAGAGUAAUGAGACAAGGAGACAGAUUUGAAGAAUUUUUAAUCAGAGCUACUAGAUAUAGUUCAGUUUUAAGUAAUUAUUCUAGUCGUUUACUUCUUGUAAAAGAUUUUCCAAAUGUCUUUUAUGAAGAGAAGGAGAGUUUCUUUUCUAUUUUGAAAAGGUACUUUGAAAUUGGAAAGGAACCUAUAGUGUUUGUAUGUACAGAAGCAGGAAAUUCAAAAUUGCUUCAAACAUUAUUUUCUCCUAAUAUAAGAGAAAAAUUUGGCAUAGAUUUAAUUAAUAUAAACUCUGUUACACAAACUGCAAUGAAAAAUGCAUUAAAAAGAAUAACUAAGAUUUUGAAUUCAAUUGCUGGGCAUAUGUUACAUGUUUCACAAAAUAAAGUUGAUGAAAUAUUAUCAAAUAGCAUUGGAGACAUUAGAAAUGCUUUGUUAAAUCUUAUUUUCAUUUCAUUAAAAGUACCAGAGGAACGAGAAAAUAAAUGUAAUAUUCGCGAAGAGACUUUAGGGCUUCUUCAUGGUGUUGGACGAGUAAUUAAUCCAAAAAGAAUUCAAACUGAAAACAACUGGAAAUUUGUACAUGAUCCUGAUGAAAUAGCAGCUUUCUUCCAGUCACAAGCAACAGUAUUUUUGAACUUUCUGCAAGAAAAUUAUUUGAAUACUAUGGGAAAUAUUGAGGAAGUAGAUAUUUCUACAAAUAUUUUAAGUAUAGCAGAUGUUUUAAAUUCUGAGUGGCGAGAUCCUACCUUAAAUAAGGUUACUUUAUCUUAUUGCGUCCGAGGUUUAAUGGUAACGAACCAAAAACCCGUUUCUGGGUGGAAUCCUGUAAGAAAGCCACCAAGUGAUAGAAUCGAUGCGCAAAAAUGUUUAGCAGCUGCCGAAAUUCGAUGGUACGAUUCCAUAAUCAAUUCGAAAUCGAAAAGUACAUUGGAACAACCCAUUACCAACAUCGAGGAGAUUAUUAUUCAAUAAAGUUCAUGGAAAUUAAGGUUGUAAUGAAGAAAGAUGUAUCGUAUAUAUUUAUUUAUGCUUUAUUUUCUACUAGAAUCGUGUAAAUGUAAAAUAUAAUAUCAAUAGAAAUCGAAUGACACAAAUUUGUUUGAAAUUUCUUAGUUUUCGAAAUGUUUGUAUAUAUUGUUGAAUAAUAUUAUUUCAUACUAUUAUUUAUUUUGCUUAACAUCGUCUAAUAUAUAACAAUCAGUAUUUACGCAGAAAAACAAAUGUUAGCGGCAAUUACACUGAUAAAUACAAUAAAAAUACGUUUUGUGUAAUUUAUACGUCUUAAACGAAAUGCUUUAUUAUAAAUGUUCUUUCUACUAAUAUUGGCAGUUAGACAACAAAAUAAUUUAAUAUAAGAUUGUUACUCAGAAUUGUUCGUCGUAGCGAGUAUUUUAUUCAAAAAAUAGACCUUACAAUCUAACUUUUCUUCAUAAAUAAUUAUUCUAAACGAUUAUACUUAGUUAACACUAUAUUUGUACAUCAAUGUAAAUUUUGUACGCUCACUAAAUAUGGUGUAAAGCGAUGUUUAUCAAACUUCCUUUCGGUUAAAAGUAGUUCAUAGAAAAAAUGCAACAACAAGCAGUCUUCCGCCUCAAAUACCUUGUAUUAACGUUUUGUUUUAAAGUAUUUAAAUACAUAAUUUGUAUUUUAUAGGCAGUCUCAUCUUUUCUAAUUCUUUACAAAGACCAAUGAUAAUUAUACACAAAAGUAUAGGUAUUAAAGUUUUUAAUAUAUCAAUCGUAUCAGAAAAUAUCUGCAAAGUAUGCGAUGGAAAUUUCCCAAAGAGAAAAUUGGACAUUUUUUAUUUAGUUUAUUGAAGUAAAUAAAGAAAAUAAUGAUAGCUGUUAUUAGGAUGAGACCAGUAUAGGAUAUUUAUGUAAGUUGAUUUCACGAAUGAAAUAGUUAUUAUACGAGAAUUACGCGUUUGGAAGAUUCACUUCUUCUAUCGUAGAAAUAAGAUUAUCGAGACCAAAUAAAAAGCCUUCUUCGUGGUUGCCUUGUU